AUGAGGUAUCAGCUCGAAAUAAUCAACUCGGAAGUGUCAGCACGUAGGCGUCAACCUGUGGAUGUCAGCCUAUACGCAUCACCUCGCAGGUCAGAUACGUCAGCCAAGAAUUGUCACUCCAUAGAAAUUAAUCCAGAAGCGUCCACCCGUAAGUAUGAGCAAGAACAGGGAGGCAUCAGCCUGGAGGCAUCAGUCUGGAGGCACCAGCCCGGAGGCCUGAGCCUGGAGGCUUCAGCCCCGAGGCCUCAGCCUGGAGGCAUUAGCCCAGAGGCCUCAGCCUGGAGGCAUCAGCCUGGAGGCACCAGCCUGGAGGCAUCAGCCCGGAGAGCUCAACCCGGAGGCCUCAGCCCGGAGGCCUCAGCCCGGAGAGCUCAACCCGGAGGCCUCAGCCCGGAGGCCUCAGCCUGGAGGCAUCAGCCCAGAGUAAUCAGCCCGGAGGCUUCAGCCCGGAGGCCUCAGCUGAGAGGACUCAGUCCGGAGACAUCAGCCUAG